UAUCAAUCUAUCUAUCUAUCCAUCCAUACAAAGCUCAGAACUGAAAGAAAGAGGGCGAGAUAAUAAAUGGGGCAAACGUGGAGCAAAUUCAUGUCUGGCCACAUGGAUGCCGGCAGCAAUCCUCCAGCACCUGAAACAUGCACUGCUCAAGAGCCCAGCACUGAACAGAGCCAAGCUUCAACGGAGGCCUCAAGCAGCGUACCGAUCUUUCAAGGAGGCUGGUUCAGGGUCGCCGUAGCUGAUGUUGAGCUAUCGAGCUUGAAAGGUGAUGAAAAGGAGUCGGAUGAAGAGCAUAUCCAAGAAAGAAGAAAUGAGAGACAAACUACUCCCACUCAUUCAACAUCCCAACAGCUAUCUCCUUUACCAGCAUUUAAGGUGCCAGAGAAGAUUCACCUCAAAAAAUCGCAAUCAUCAGCUUCAACUGCUUUUAAAAUAUCCAAUAAAAAAUCUAGAGCAUCCAAGCAACCUCGAAUUUCAUCAUCGUCAGCAGUCACACGAUUCCAACAGCAUUACGCACCAAAAACAGACGCUGAGCCAGCCAGAAAAUUGCGAACACACCAGGAAUCAUUAACCCCAUCCCCGUCUCAAUUCUCCCAACUUCCAGAUGAAGAAGCAUUGCAUCUAGCCCAGAUGGAGGAUGAGGACGAGGAGGAGGGGACUCCAUCGCAGGCUAUGUUACCUGAGGUAGAGAAUGAUGUCAAAAUAGAACCUCUCAAAGAGGAAGCCCAAGAGCUAAUGCAGCCCCUGCAGUCAUCUGCGCAGAAACUGCUGUUUUUUGAGCUGGACCGUAAACGGAAGGCACCAGCAGGUUUGCCUAGCCUGGCUAUUGAAUAUACGGGCUCAUCGCAUAUGAAGCUGAAACCUCGAACAUUACUUGAAAAACCAAGUGAAGGAGGGUCGAGGAAGAUUCCGGGAGGGGGUGAAGCACCGGUAGGCAGGCGUGUGAGAAAGACAAUCGGGAAUAGAGGUGUUGCUGAAGGGCAUGUCUCCUCACGUGUAUACGAGACAGAAUGUGAUAAGCAGAAAGAGGAGGCGAUUGAGUGGCUUGAUCCUGAAUCAUAUCUGGUUCACCAAAACAAGACCACGAGUGCUCCUAUCGAGGAAGGAAAAGUGAUAAAACCUCUAAGGAAAUCCUUACGUAAUGCACAAAAAGUCAAGAAAGUAGAGGAGUUUGUAUAUACCAGAAGGACGGUGAGACGUCGACGACGAAAGAAGUAAAAUAUUA